AAAGCACCUAUUUUUUAUGUUCGAUUGGUUGAUGUUUGAUCUGGUCCUGACUGAAGAACGUAGAACGUAUUCUUGGCCGUCAAAACAUGAAAAAGGUGACACCAGCUCUUUGUUCCUGAUACAGUAAUCCGAUGAUAGUGAUCAUGGACGGACGGUUGCAAGACAACUCCAUCGAGAGAGAGUUAUGACAUGGGAGGCCACGAACGAGUAGGAAUACGAGUGUGAAUAGCGGCAUUGACAACACAAACCUUUAGAAGUAAUUCGUAAGCAAUAAGAACUGUAACAUAGCGUACAAAUAACAAAAUCGACCUUCACUCAUUUUUCGAGGUCUACAACGAUCUUGAUUCGCCCACCCCGAAGAGUUACUUUUUGUAAAACGACGUCUGCCAGCUAUACUCCUGGAACACACCGCGUAAAUCCCUACGUUGUCAAGGACCACACGGCAACCGAACAAUGGCGAGACCCCCUUCGUCCGCCAUACCUCAUCGUGUUUUUGUGGCAAUUGCAGUGUCGUUGGUGCUGAAACCACGGGCAGCGACGAACGCCUUCACGGCGAGUUUUCCGUUGCUCAAGUCGUCUGCCACUACCACGCGGUUGUUGGUGAUACCGAAUUACGACGGUUUUCACGAAGAAGAAACAGGCGGCGGCAAUUCCAACGACAUCGAUUCGGAGUUUUACCGUGACUUGCAGCGAGCAAAAGAAAAACAGCCAGGUUGUGGAUCGCAGCCGCCAUUCGAAGAAAAUAACGACGGCAGUGACACGGAAUUUUAUCGUGAUUUGCAACGUGCGAAACUAGACAAAUUGGGUAGAUCCAUCCCGCCGGACCAGGUGAAACAAUCAGCGGCACAAGCAGAAGCCGAUUUCCUCCGAGCUAUGAGCGAGACAAAAGACGAGUUUCAGAAAGCAAAAGACGAAUUAGGAUCUGACGGAGCAAUAGACUUGUUCCUGGAAAAAAUACGAGAAGAAGACAAGAGGAGAGAGGAGGAAAAGGAAGACAAUGACAAAGAUGAGGAUGAGGAUGAAUGAAGAACAGGGUCAAUGGCUGCAACCUUACAGGCUAGUAACACGCGCUCCCAUACAUAUUUGCUAGGGGCACUGUGCUUUGGUUAUCUAUGUUGGUUUGCAGCAUAUUCUCUCGAUUGCUUCGUUUCUACGAAGUCAGCGAAACAAACGUUUCAACAACAGUAGCAAGAAAUUCGGAUUCCGUGCCGAUUCUUACCAAUCCCAUAGGAUCCUUACCAAAAUAGUGCGGUUUGUACCAUUUACGACGCGAAACGCGAAGAGUACCCCACAACGCGAUUAUCAUGAUCGGUUUCUCGUCUCCAAAUUGAUGCUUGAGAUGUGAGAUUAUUUGGACCAAGAAUGAAAAAUUCACGAAACCCAACUUCAAGUUUCUAGCGUUAAAUGUAUAGCGGCAACUCGUUGAGUCUGUGUAGACUUCUCAAGUCGUUGGUGGUUAAAGAUAAAUACAGAAUGUCCUCGUGAUUUCUUUCAGAGCCCUGGAAUAAAAUGCUGGAGCAUAUACUCUGGUAUGAACAACCAUUGACCAGGUAUGUUGGCCUUGAGAAAACAGAAACGUACUGCAAUCAACGUAGAUCACGAAAACCUCUGCUCUGGGCCAAGAAUUAAAAAAUCAAUAAUACUGCAGACCGAUGCCCUGUGAAUUAUUACACGAAUGCGCCACAAUAGUUUGGAAUAUAUUAUUAUUUUGUAUUCGUAGAAAAGAAAUUCUACCAAAAAAAACGGGCAUUGAAGACAGCUCUGAGGUCUCAACUGCCAAUUUCUCAUUCUCAAGAAAACGACAUAAAACUGCCCACUUCACAAUAUUCUUAAAAGGCGCGUACUGUACUACAGGUAAUAGAGUUGGAAAUUGUGGUGCAAUUUACUGUUUGGCUUGAACAAUGUAAUUUUCUCCUAUCGAAAUACAAGAUUAUAACACUUCCUGGUCAUGAAUCUUCACAUUAGGACCAUCAUCGGCGGUUGCUAUCCUAGUGUCGAUAUCUAACCUUUCCGUUGCCUUUGGCUUGUUUUUCUUCUUCGCUUUAAUUUCUUUUGCACGAGAAGGAACCUCUCCAUCGUUACCAUCCAUAUCUUCAACUUGUCCAUCCAAAAAGUUAGUAAUCUCGUCAAAAUCGGGUCUUUUUUCAGUAUCAGGAUCCCAGGAUCGUGUCAUAAUAUCUACCCAACUCAAAGGCCAUGACCUAUCGGGUUUCGGCCUUUGUCCUUUCUGGAUGACUCGAUCAGCAUGAGUUCUAGCCGACAUUCCAGCGAACGGUGUUUGCAGUGAACAAAUUUGCCAGAAUAGCAUUCCAAACGAGUAAGCAUCAACUCUUUGAUUAUACGGUUCGCCCUGUUUGUCAAUCAGAAGAAAAAGUGUUAGAAAAUUCAAGACGCUGGCAAUCGCUGUAAUUGAUUCAUUACACGCAACGUGACUAGCUUCUGGAGUUACUAGCUCACCUUCGCCACCUCUGGAGCCAUAUACCUUAACGACCCAGUAUUUCCUGUCAGACGGUACAGGCCGUCACCUGCCUUUUCUACAGUAUCCAUACGUUUGGCUAACCCAAAAUCAAAAAGUUUCAACGUUCCAGUGACAUCGAACCCAAGAUUGUCGGGCUUCAAAUCUCUAUACACGAUUGACUUCGAGUGCAGAUAGUAGAUGGCAUUCGCAAUAUCUCGUGAAGCUGUUACUCGAUCCAACCAAGUUUUGUAUAAGUAGUGUUCCUUUGCACAGCAAUAUCCAAAUGGCCCGAGCCAAUAACCAGAAUUUUCACCAACCUCUCGUCUCCAUUGAUUGAAUUUUCGAUCAAGAGUCAUCACCAAUCGGUCUAGUAUGACGAAGAACUUGGAUUCGUGUGGAUCAGAAUUAGCCAUGGCUCGCAUUGAAAUGAUAUUGGGAUGUGAUAAUACCGACAAAAAUUCGGCUUCUAUAGCGAGAUCCACAAUUCCUUUUACAUAUUCUUCUUCCGGAAGAUCCGUUCGCAAUGUUUUCAUGACAUAUUGGUUCUCCUGUAGAGAGGCUACGAAGUCAUUACGUUUCUUCGCACUAUCAUCCGACGUAUCAAAAACAUCGUUCAAAUCAAGUUUCUCAACUUUA